GUAUGAUCUCAGAAACACACACAACUCCGUCUGGUUUCCCUGCACUCUUAAACUUUGCUCUAACCAAGGGGCCUGUCUGUUUGGGAAGACCUGAUGAUUAUUGUCCUUGAUGAGACACUGAUUAUUUUGAACUUGUUUUGCUUUCCUUUCUGUUCAUCCUAAUCUAUUGGAGCUUUUAUCCGAAUGCCUCCUGUAAUGAAUAGACCUAAACUUUGAUGUGAGUCACUAAAACAAGAAGAGAGCUAUGGACUCAAAGGGAGCUGCAAGAGGAAGAGGAAGAGGAAGAGAAGAGAGAGAUAAUGAAAGAGGACCAGGGGACAAAGAGGCAAUGAGUGGAGAGGGGAUUAAAAGCGGAGGACGAAGAGGUCAAGUGAGAGGGAGAGGACCAGGAAGAGCCAGAGGAGAUCUAACCCAAAAAGAAGGAGGCGAAGGAAAAAGGGAAGAAAUCAUCAAUGCGGCCACAGAGAGCAAGAACAGAGGGAUGGGGAAGAGAGGAGCGAAGACUAGGCCGGGACAAGGUGAAAGCAGAGGAAAAGGACCAGAUACAGUGGUUGAACCAGAAGGAAGGGAGACCGAAGCACAAGGUGAUACAACAGGAAAUGGACUGUACUUAGACAUGGCUGAUUUUAUUCAGCUGCUGAAAUUACUGCGCAUCGAUCUGCCGGGGGACGUUAUAUCCGACACAGCAAUAGAAAUCUCAAAAGCAGAACAAAGUGUCACGGAUGCUGAAACACUCAUUAGAGAACUAGAAAACUUUAAACUCGCCUUCAAGAUUCGUCCUCGAAUGCCAAGCAAGAAGGUGAAGCGUGCUCUGGAACUUAAAGAGGGAGGAAAUGUGCUGGACCUGACCCGGCUCAUCUUCUUUGGAAAAAAAGUGAAUAAAGAGAACAGUCGCAAGCAGUGGGAAGACAACACAUCCAACACCGGUCACAGACUCAAGCUCAGGGAAAAUUACAUGACGAAACCCAUUUCAACUCCACCCAUGUACUCCACUGCAGAAACCCGGAGCUGGGAGUCAGAGGAUGUUGGGACAGACUCACCACGGGUUACGCCAGGAACGAGGGUGAUCACUCAGGAUAUAAGGAGCAUGAACUUCGUAGAUGAGUCAUCCCUGUGGAAUGGAGAAAUCACAGCAAAAAAGUUUGGCAAGAAUGACAACGAUGAGGCGGAGUCACUGAAGUUCUUUCUUGGCCUACAAGACGCAUCAGAUUACAAGGAUGCCAGUUACACCAAGGGUAACACUGUAGAGUAUGGAUUCCUUACAGGGACACUAGAUUUUCUUGGAGAGGUCAAAAAUCACAGUGACAAAAGUGUAAGCAAGAGAGUGGUGAUCGAGUGUAAAAGCACAACAGGUGACAUGGUGGACACGGUGUACACCAAAACCCCAAAUACUCAAAACGCUUGUGUCAAAAAGGACCACGAGUACAGUUUUCAAGUGCAGACCUACCUUUACAUCCUUGAUAAAGUAGCAAAGAUGGAGACAAACCCUCCUGACACAAGCGCUGUGAUGAUCCUGAGGCACUACCAUGAGGACUGCAAUCCUCUCAGAGAUUUCCACUGGAGUUACCUGCCGGCAGACGAAGAACUGCAGGCUCAAAUCGACAGCCUGCGUGUGUUUUGCCAGGAGGAUGUUCUGGGCUGUUUCUUAGCAGUGCUCAACCUAAUCUUUGAGAAGGAACGAUCAUCCUAGCCUGAAAGCUCAGUUUUAGCACGAUUCGUCAGACUUUUUGGCCUAAAAAAAAAAAAAAAGA